UUCCUCCCCCCCGCCUCUUCUCCCUGCCUCUCUCUCUCUUUCUCUUCCUCUUGGUUGGGUGAGAUAAACGUGAAGGCACAAAAAUGCGAAAUUUAAUGGGAUUCUUGGCUGCCUUUAGGUUGGGACGGGCGAGCCGCGUUGCAGGUGCGGAAAAAGAUCAGCUUUGAGAUGGCAAUGUGAACGAGGGGAAAACUGAGGUCUCCCGCCAUGGAUCCGCCCUUUUCCGGAGCACCCGAUCUGCUUGUUCGGAUGGACUGGAGGGGGAAUCACAGCUUGGGUUAUGUAAAAAUUGAAACUUUCCAGGAUUUGUACUUGACCCAUCUAAAUGUAGUAAGUUGAGCAUCGAGGAGAAGAGAGAACUUAUACGUGAACUAUCAAAAUGGCCUGAGAGUGCUCCUGAGAAGUUGCAGACAUGGAGUCGGCGUGACCUUUUAGAGAUCCUGUGUGCAGAGAUAGGAAAGGAGAGGAAGUAUACUAGCUUAACAAAACAGAAGAUGAUCGAAUACCUGUUCAGAGUUGUAUCUGAUAAAAAUUCUGGAGAACAUGCAAAAGACAGUGAUUCGUCUCAGGUCCCAUCUACACCUAGCCCUCAAACUCCAUCGAAGAGACAGAGAAAGAAUGAACAUCCAUCACGUUUGCCAAUUAUCACAAGCAACCUCCAACCAAGUGAUGUUGAAGAAGCUCUUGAAAACAUUAGAUACUGCCAGAAUUCAGCCUGCAGGGCUACUCUUAACGUACAAGAUGCAUUUUGUAAGCGUUGCUCAUGUUGCAUCUGUCGCAAAUAUGAUGACAAUAAGGACCCUAGCCUUUGGCUAUUUUGUGGCUCCGAGGCUUUUUCUCAAGGUGACUUAUGUGGUCUGUCUUGUCAUCUCGAGUGUGCUCUUAAGCAUGAAAGGACUGGUAUCAUGAAGAGCAGGCAGUGCACCACAAGAUUGGAUGGGAGCUACUACUGUACAUACUGUGGAAAAGCUAAUGACUUGCUUGGAUGCUGGAAAAAGCAACUCUUGAUCGCAAAAGAUGCACGACGAGUUGAUGCAUUAUGUUAUCGUAUUUCUCUUAGUCAUAAACUUCUCAGCCUAACUGAAAAGUAUCAGAGUUUGCAUGAGAUAGUUGACACAGCACGGAAGAAACUGGAGGCAGAGGUUGGGCCUAUCGAUGAUUUAUCAAACAUGGCACGUGGAAUUGUUAACCGACUCUCUGUUGGUGCUGAAGUUCAAAGACUGUGUGCCCAUGCAGUAGACUUACUAGAUUCUAUGCGUGGUAGUUCUUUGUCAGCUAAUAGUCAACUUCAACAAAUUGGUACGGUGUCCUCCAGCUUCAUCAAAUUUGAAGAGAUAUUACCAACAUCUCUUACUGUGGCAUUGGAUAUAGAGGAUAACACACCAUUAGCUCAAGAGCUAGCUGGUUUCACUUUGUGGCACCGAAAGACUGACAACCCAGAAUACCCCAGGAAACCAUCAUUGUCUGUGUUUAAACCGAAGAAAAGGUUGCUAUUAACAGAACUAAUUCCAGCCACAGAAUAUAUGUUCAAGGUGGUAGGCUUCAGCAAAAUGCGGAACCUCUACACGUGGGAAGUUGGAGUAAAAACUAAAGCUAUCUCUCUUGAUGACUCUGUGGGUUUGGCACUGGAGACAACUGUAUCAAACCCACAUUGUCAAAUCUCUAAAACAAACAGUAGUGGCUUGUCUAAUCCCUUGGAGGGAGACGAAUCCAAUACCAAUAGUUCUGCAUGUGCUGACUUGAAUAAGUUGCCGGAAAUUGAUUUUGAUGAUUGUGAGAAGCCUCAGAUUCUCGAGACAGAAAAAUCAUUCGAUCAUGCCCAGAAAGAUAAUAGCCACCAAAAGAGUGAAUGCAAGGGCAGUAUUAGUGGAGCAGAAGUUCUUGAGCCAGAGGAUUCACAUGGGCACUCUGAUUCUGCAUUAGAUGAGGAGCCAAACUCAACCAUUCCGAUCGAGUCCACUAACUCUAUGGAGAAUAACCAGGCAUCUGACAUCCCGAAGUCGGAUAAUGAAUCUAACACUCCUGUCGUCAAUGAGAUGGUGAUCGUACCAUUUGGACAAUCAGAUCCCACCUUGCCUGCCACUCCUCCCUGCAGGUUGGAAACUGGAACAGAAGGUUCUGGAAGGUGCAUUAAAGGGAACAGUGGUUUUAAUAUAUUUGAGAAAGGCUCGUUGAAUCCAGACGCGGAACCAGGAAGUUCAUCCAAGAAAAGAGGUGGAGGAAAAUUUGAGGGUAUAAAUAUCAAGGAUGGGUCGAUGGAAGGGUUAUAUGAAUACUGUGUGAAGGUCAUUAGGUGGCUGGAAUGCGAGGGGCACAUCGAGAGCAACUUCAGGGUGAAGUUCUUGACUUGGUUCAGCCUGCGAGCAACCCCACAGGAGAGAAGAAUUGUUAGUGUUUACGUUGAUACGCUGAUCGAUGAUCCCCCAAGCCUUGCAGGGCAGUUGGUGGACACCUUCUUGGAAGCGAUCUGCAGCAAGAGGCCACCUCCAGCGCCAACAGGCUUCUGCACGAACCUUUGGCACUGAGGAAGCUAUUGGACUCGAUAAUCAAUGUGACAAUUCUUUAGAUGCAAAUUAUUGCAUUAGUUAUUCAUCGGACAUGUAUUCAUGGGUCAGCAAUUUCAGGUUAACUCAUAUUAUUGCUUGUCCACAAUUACAAUUUAUAUGUACCUGACACAUGAACAGAACUGUUUUGUUCCUCCUAAUGCUCUUUUGUUCUCA